AUGAUAUUAGAAGAGAAUUACGUUGCUUCACAAAUAUCUUUGUUAAACAUGAUACUAGAAGAGAAAUUAUUGGUCGGAGCACCUAAAGCUGACGUACCAGAAAUUAAAGUGAAACGUGGUGGUGCUAUUUUUAGAUGCCCGUCUGGUACAACUCUUGAAGACGACUGCAUUAGGUUGUCUGAUGACCCUUUCAAUGUGCCACCAACUCAAGAUGAAGAAAUGGAUGAUCAAUGGCUGGGUGUUGUUUUACAAAGUCAGGGCAAGGGCAAAAAUGUUUUGACGUGUGGUCAUCGAUAUAAACAUACCAACAAUGGUAUAGGGGUAUGUUAUACACUGUAUCAGGGGCUAGAUUUCCAGGCACCGUGGAGACCCUGUAUGGGUAGACCAGACAGCCACGAUCAUGAACAGUUUGGCUUGUGUCAGUCUGGUGUUAGCAGUAUGCUCACUCAGGAUGAUGGUUUAGUGAUAGGGGCUCCUGGUUCUAUCUAUUGGAGAGGUGUGGUGUUCAGAUCUAAUAUAAGUGAACAGUUGGGUGCUGAUAAAACUUGGUACAAAUCUCCAGUACCAGUGGCUGAUGGAUCUGCUGGUUCACAAGAACCACCUGUAGACAUCUACGCUUAUCUAGGUUAUUCCGUCACAUCUGGUAUUUUUGACAAAACAUUAGAAAGAUAUUAUGUGUCUGGAGCUCCACGCUCUCAGCUAACAGGGGAGGUAAUUUUCUUCACCAAGAGUUCUCCAGAUGGUAGUCUACGUUAUGUGGAGACACAGAAAUUUAAAGGACAGAAAGAUUUCGCUGCGUUUGGUUAUUCUUUACUGGCAGUUGACGUCAAUGGCGACAAGUGA